CAGCGUUCGGACGUGUCAUCAUGUGCUCCCUUGUAGGGGAGGUUUCAGCGGCCCGUGUGGGCCGCGGUAUCAGGUGUACUGAAAAGCCGGCUGAAGAUUACCAGGUUGUUCUGCCUCAUCUGCCCACAGGUGCGUCUGUUUUAAACACGGUGUUUUUGCAUGGUGAUGUAAAAGCCAGGCCAUAUCGAGUCGAGCAUGUCCGAGACAGCCUUGCGCGUCUCUCAUUGCUGCCGGAAGUGGUUGCCCUCGGGGCAUACCAAAUGAAUCACCUGUGGGCAGUGACGUUUAAGGAUGAGGAAGGCAAGAAGAAGAUAUUAGCGGCAGAUGCGUUCAACGUUAAAGAUCACCGCUGCAUGGUCAUCGACCCACGCGAUCAAGGUGUCCGACUGAAGCUUUACUGGCUGCUUCAUGGCGUACCGGACGAUGACGUGCGAGUGGCUUUGGCGCCGUUUGGAAAAGUUACGGAAAUCAGCAGAGACAAGUGGAAGGUCAAGGGAUGCAUCGACAAAGGAUCAACAACCCGCUCGGUGACGCUGAAAUUAAAGGUGGGCGUUACAGUGGAUGACCUUCCUCACCAGCUGCGUGUUGCCGAAGACAUGGCGCUCGUCUUCGUUCCUGGCAGAGCGCCGCUCUGCCUCCGAUGCCGUGGCACCGGACACAUCCGACGAGAGUGCCGCGUUCCACGAUGUGGGAUCUGUCGGCGCUUCGGCCACGAUGACUCCCAGUGCGUGCGUUCUUAUGCCAGCGUUACGGGCCCACUCCGUAGCGACGUUGUGUCAGAACACCUGAUGGACGCCGCCGAUGCCGAAGAAGCUAGCAGGGAAUACAACGACGGCGCGAAGACUGCUGCAACGCCCCCUGAAGCUUCUUCAGGAGCUGUUCAGGAAGCGAAUGGUGGUGCCGAGCCCUCGGCUGCAGCAUCGGAAACGAUGCCAGAGACUACAACAGAUGACGCGGAAUCGAAGGCCGCAAACACGUCAUUGUCAGUAGCGCAAGACGCCGACCAGGAGGUAACGGACGCCGAGAUGCUCACGACCGGAAGCGUCGCUGCAAAGCGGCCUUACGAAGACUCCGACAACAUAGGGAAAGCGAGUGCGUCCGGCACCGGCGAGCCUCCAACGAAGGCGUCGACUGGGCGGCGGUCUUCGGUUCAACCGAAGCCAAAGUUGCCGCCUGACCGUAGGGUGAACCCUACAACGCCUCCGCACUAGCGGAGGUGACGUUCCAGACGACUUCAACGAGGAUGCCAAGAAACCCACUGUUGCGAUGUGAGUAGGACGCCUGGCCAAGCAACCUCCAUGAAAUGGCGACUAACUUUCAAUCUAGCCUUCGCGUUGCGACAUUGAAUGUGAGAGGACUGUGUUCGCGCAGGAGGCAAUGUCAGAUUAGUCGCACUCUUUUGGAAAAUGACGUUGACCUUCUGGCUGUACAAGAAACAAAAAUUGAAAGUGAGGAGCAAACAGAACAAAUGGUUCAAAUUUUUCGCUCUAGAUACAAUAUAUGUGUUUGCCACGCUGUUGGACGGUCAGGAGGCUGCGUCAUUUUUAUUCGCAAUAGCAUCGCGGUUGUUGAAAAAGUGUCCGCCUGCGAUAGUGGGAGACUGGUUGCAUGUGAUUUUGUUUUUUCUGGAUUACAGUGGCGUGCUGUGUGCAUUUACGCACCAAACAAAAUGCAUGAACGUGAAACUUUUUUCAGGUAUGCUGAAGGGUUUUUGAAAACAGAACGAAAUAUUGUGGUUCUAGGGGACUUUAAUUGCGUCUGUAGAGCUGAGGACAAAACAACGGGUCUCAAUGUGCGCGAUAGAAGCGCUGAGCUUUUGAGUGCAAUUGUGAUUGAGAGAGAGCUUGAGGACAUUGGUUAUGUCAUGACACGAGAUGGCCAAGCACGAUAUACACAUUUUCAAGGUGACUCCCAUGCGAGGCUAGAUAGAAUAUACAUACCGGCGAAGUUUGUACCACUAUGCUCCUCUUAUGAAACACAACACCUUAGUUUUAGUGACCAUUGUUUGGUAACGGUUACCAUUGGCGAAAAACGAAAGGUUGUGAAGUUUAACUGGUUCCUAUGGAAGUUUAAUGAGAAACUGCUGCAAGAUGAAGUAUUUGUCACAAGAGCCAAAGCAUGCCUUUCAAAUGCCCUUCAUACUGAAACUAACAGCUUCAUAGCAGUGUGGGAACAGUUUAAAUGUGAUAU